GGUAACUGUAGUUAAACAGAUGGUAGUGGAGACAAAAAGAGAGAGAUCCGAAAACAAGGGGAUCAUAGGAUUCCAAGACGUCUUUUUGACUCCCGCGUCGUUUGCAGAACUGCUGCGUCAGGUUCGUAUCCAAAUGGAAAACGACAGCUGCAGUAACAACACAAGCUCACCACAGGACGAACUUCUCUUCACCUUCAGCAUCGUCUUCAAAAUCCUCCUGUGCGCCAUCGGGUUGCUAGGCAACGGACUCAUCAUGUACAUUGUCAUGAGAUACCCCAAACUGCAGACCGCGCCCAACCUGUACAUCCUGAACCUGUCCCUCGCACAGUUCCUGUACUACAUCCGGGCGGUCCUGCAGGUUUCGUAUAUGGUGAUCGGGACCUGGACCUUCGGCGUGGCGAUGUGCAAAGUCUACCGUUUUGUGUGGGCGGUCAGUAUUUUUGCGGGCUCGGCGUUCCUCGCCAUCCUCAGCGUCGAGCGGCACCAGGCGGUGGUCAAUCCCGUCCCGAGUUGGCUGGACCACUUGGCACACGAACGGAAGGUAGCGUUUCGGAACGCGUGUAUCGUUUGGGGCGUCGUCGCGUUCCUGUGCAUUCCCCAUCUCGUCUUUGCCAACAUAAUGCCUAUCUUAUGCCUCCAUGACUGCCACUACGACGCCGUCGGGUCUCUGGACGCUCACACUUUCAAUACGAUUCGAAUCUUCUAUUCCAUUGGACUGGGCUUCGUUGUCCCGCUAAUAAUCAUGGUCCCACACUACGUACUCCUCAUCGUGAGGCUCCGGGAGGUUCAGACAGGAAACCAAGGCGGGAAUGGGAACGCCUUAGGCCGCGUGUCCAGACUCGUCCUGGUCCUGGUCACGGUUUUUGUCGCGUUCAACCUGCCGGGGCACGUGGUGAACAUCCUCACCAGCGUGUUCGACGGUAGCGGGAACUUGAGCACGUCGGCCGAGUGGUUCAUCUACGCCUUACAAGACGUCUCGCCGUGUCUCAAUCCCGUCCUCUGUGCCGUCGUGGCCGAGAACUUCCGUUCCGCGAUCUCCAAGACAAUGUGUACCUGGCCCUGCUGUCUGAAGAAGCUGCCAAGCCGUAAGUAG